AUGGUUCGGUCAGACAGGCCCACACAAGACUGGUACCACUGUAAGGCCAACACAAGGCUGGAACCACCACAAGGCCCACACAAGGCUGGAACCACCACAAGGCCCAAACAAGACUGGUACCACCACAAGGCCCACACAAGAAUGGAACUACCACAAGGCCCACACAAGACUGGUACCAUUGUGAGGCCAACACAAGACUGGUACCAUUGCCAACACAAGACUGGUACCACCACAAGGCCCACACAAGACUGGUACCACUGUGAGGCCAACACAAGGCUGGAACCACCACAAGGCCCACACAAGGCUGGAACCACCACAAGGCCCAAACAAGACUGGUACCAUCACAAGGCCCACACAAGAAUGGAACUACCACAAGGCCCACACAAGACUGGUACCAUUGUGAGGCCAACACAAGACUGGUACCAUUGUGAGGCCCACACAAGACUGGUACCAUUGUGA